CACAUUUUUUCGAAACCCAUGCAUCUUGGUACCCGAUACUGAGACUCAAAGCUCUGUAAAUGGUGUUGCUCAAGGAUAUAUAAGCGAGAGGGUUAAGGACUCCUGGCAUUCACUCAAGUCCGCCUUGGUUUUCACUCGCCUCAACGCAGUGCAAAAGAAUAAAAAAUGGCCUUCGCUGGUGUCCUCAACGAUGCUGAAGUCAAAGCCGCCCUUGAUGGCUGCGCAGCUGCUGACUCCUUCGACUACAAGAAGUUCUUCAAGGCAUGCGGCCUGGCGGGCAAGUCCGCUGAUGAGGUCAAGAAGGCUUUCGCCAUCAUUGACCAGGACAACAGUGGCUUCAUUGAGGAGGAGGAACUGAAGCUGUUCCUGCAGAACUUCUCUGCUGGUGCCAGAGCACUCACCGACAAGGAGACCAAGGCUUUCCUGAGCGCCGGUGACAGCGAUGGUGAUGGCAAGAUCGGAGUUGAUGAGUUUGCCGCCCUUGUAAAGGCAUAAAUUUCCAUUGACCAAGAACUACUUCUUUUCAUGGAACUGCGAACUCCUUGCAAGACUCAGUAUCAUCAGCUGAAAGAAUAUUUUUUAUACCUUAUUUAUGAGUUGCCUGCGG